GUUGUGCUCGUGCCUGUCUGUCUGCGGCGGACGGUAUCGAUUCAGGGGGGCAAAUAAUCGGCGUCGUUUGCUGUGUUUAUAUCCGACCCCCGAGUUAAAACCAGCGCAGGACCGCCAGAACAUCAGGGGGGAUGGAUUCUCACGGCAGGGACGACCUAAAGGGACCGGUGCUGCAUAUCGUGGUGGUUGGAUUUCACCACAAAAAGGGCUGUCAGGUUGAAUUCUCCUACCCGCCGCUGAUGCCAGAUGAGGGUCAUGACAGCAACCUGCUGCCAGAGGAGUGGAAGUACCUCCCUUUCCUGGCGCUUCCUGACGGGGCGCACAACUACCAGGAAGACACUGUGUAUUUUCAUCUGCCGCCCCUGAGUGGAGACAUGAAGUGUGUCUACGGCGUCUCCUGUUAUCGCCAAAUAGAAGCAAAGGCCCUAAAGGUCAGACAGGCUGACGUCACCAGGGAGACCGUUCAGAAGAGCGUCUGCGUCCUCAGUCGAGUGCCUCUCUACGGCCUGCUUCAAGCUAAACUGCAGCUCAUCACUCACGCCUACUUCGAGGAGAAAGACUUUUCACAGAUCUCCAUUUUAAAGGAGCUGUACGACCACAUGAACGGCUCUCUGAGGGGGUCAGCUCUGGAGGGCUCACAGGUUUAUCUCGGGCUUUCACCGAGAGAUUUAAUACUGCACUUUAGACACAAGGUUCUCAUCCUCUUCAAGCUCAUUCUGCUGGAGAAGAAGGUCCUGUUCUAUGUGUCUCCUGUCAACAGACUAGUCGGAGCUCUGAUGACCGUUUUAUCGCUGUUUCCAGGUAUGAUCGAGCACGGCCUGGUGGACUCGUCCCACUACAGGCCCAAGAGCAGCGUGUCGGAGGACCUGAGUCUGGUGGAGAGCGUCUCCGGAGCCGAGGAGUUCGUCUCCGUGUCCGUCACCGACAUCGCUAACACCACGCUGGAGGGGGAGGAGCCCGCCCAGCCUGCGGCAGAGUCUCUGUCCUCUGGGAACAGCACCGAGGGGGACGGCCACCUCCUCAAACCCCCGUCGCGCACCUCCCCAGAGUCCUCCGAGAGCGACUGGGAGACUCUGGACCCCAGCGUGUUGGAAGAAAGUGGUCCAAAAGAGGCAGCUGAGGGGAAAGAGACAUCGGAGCUCCCGGACGCCUUCGACUCCAAGCCGGGGACGCCCAUCACCGUGCAGCCACAAGCCGUCAGCGAUCAGGGAGGGGUCAGCCAGGGUCUGGUGUCAGGUCUGGAGGAGGACCAGUACGGCCUGCCGCUCCCCAUCUUCACUAAGGGUUACCUGUGUCUGCCCUACAUGGCCCUGCAGCAGCAUCACCUCCUGUCAGACGUGACGGUGCGUGGCUUCGUUGCCGGGGCGACCAACAUCCUCUUCCGCCAGCAGAGGCACCUCAGUGAUGCUGUCGUCGAUGUGGAAGAAGCCGGGAUCCAGAUCCAGGACCCCGAGCUUCGCAAGAUCCUGAGCCUGACGACAGCAGACCUGCGUUUCGCCGACUACCUGGUCAAACACGUGACGGAGAACCGCGACGACGUUUUCCUGGACGGGACGGGCUGGGAGGGCGGAGACGAGUGGAUCAGAGCCCAGUUCACUCUCUACCUCCACUCCUUACUGUCCUCUGCACUCCAGCAAGAUAACGAGCGGCUGCUGGCUGAUUAUGGCGCGCCGUUCAUCACCGCCUGGAAGAUCACCCACAACUACCGGGUGUGGUACAGCAACAAGCACCCCGCCAUGGCCGCCAUCACCCCAGGACACCCGUUCCAGGGCCAGUACAGUGUUGCUGAUGUCAAACUACGACUCUCACACUCGGUGCAGAACAGCGAGAGAGGGAAGAAGAUCGGAAACGCCAUGAUCACCACCAGUCGCAGCGUGGUCCAGACGGGGAAGGUAGUGGGUCAGUCGGUAGGCGGAGCAUUGACCAGCGCCAAGUCGGCCAUGUCCUCCUGGUUCUCCACACUGGCCCAGCCUGCAGCUGUAAACACCCCCGCCUCUCCGGAGCCCGCCACAGAGGUCAAACCCUGAAACCAAACCCAGCGGUCCUCUGUCUGACUGUCUCCUCGUCCUCCCGUGAAGCCCGAGGGUCAGCGGACUGAGAGCUGAGAGGAAAACGUUCAUCUUCAGAAUCAACGAGUUUUAAGUCUGAACCAUAAAACGCGGGACGCCACUCUGGACAGGAAGGCAGCGCAGGCGUUCGACUAACUGUACAGCCCAAAUCCACUGUGAGGCAGAGACUGCCAGCGCCAAUGAUCAAAACCCAGAAAUCUGAGCAGGCUGCGUCCUGUCUGAGCGCCUGCUGCAGUUUGCUGGAUGCUUUCCUGUGAGACACUAAAGAUGCUGUCGUUCGGUUUGCGGUGUUCACUCUUUGCUGCAUAUUUCUAGAGUUUCUCUAUAUAGCCGAUUAUUUUACUGAGAAAUGAUGUAAAAAAUAAUGAGUCACAGGAUUUUACAGAAGAGCAUGAGCUGUGGCACCUUGAAGAUUUUACCAGUACAGAUUUUAAAUUCAGUCUGGCUCAUGUUUAGUGAUGCCUCUGUAGUAACAUUGUGGUUGUCGUGGUAACAGCAUCAAUUCCUCAGACGUAACUGUUUAAAAAUACAUGUUCAGGGUGCAACAAACAGUUAUUUUCAUUAUUGAUCAAUUUGGUUAUUUUAAAGAUUGUUUAGUCUGAGAAAUUUCAGAAAGUUAUGAUAAAUGUCUCACAGUUUCCCAUCAACGUAGCGUGACCCAUUGGAGCCAACGGAAACUGACAAAAAGUAGCAAAAAUAAUCAGAUCGUCAAAAAUAGUCAAUAGUCAAAAACCCAAUCAAUAAAUUAAAUGUAGUGUAAACAGACAUAUAAAGCUCCAUACGUUUACUUUAACCUCUAAUAAGGUGGAUAAAAAUAAAGCAAAAACAUGUUAUUUUUUCUUUAUAACAGUAGCCAACAAAAUGAGCGAGCUAAUAUGCUACAUGGAAGUUUUUAGCUAGCUUGACAUUAUGAGAAAAGAGAUAGAAAAUCAUUCACAAUUACAAAACAUCAAGGAUGAAACAAUAAAGCUUGUUUAAUGUCAGGAAGACAGACGAAUGGUGGCUGUAAGAUUACAAGUACUGUUAGCGAGCUAACUUUGUUAGCGUUAGCUUGCUAGCUACAAUGCUUUAGCUACUGUUGCAAGAGUGAUACUGUAAAAGUAUGCAGUACGGUAUAUGGAUGGAUGGAUUAACAUAAACUGCACUGGCUGCUGUAGUUUCACCGGAACAGUUAGCUUCAGGGAGGUAGCUAGCGUUAGCUGAAACAGCUGGCGCUCAAUGCGUUCAGCCAACAGAGCUUUCAGUUUAGCUAGCUAGCCACACAAUCUGAUGAUAUGUGAAGAGGAAGAAUGGAUUAUUGAUUAAAUAAUGUGCUGACAGUAAAAUUAAGUACGUUUGAAUUAGUUUCAUUGACUGUUCGCUGGUACAGGAAAGAAUAUUAGAAGCUUUUUGCUGCUUUUUAUUGUCGACUGGUUGGAUCUUAAAGUAAAAGCAUCAAGCUUUAUAUUUCCUUUUACACUUUGUUUUAAAGAUUUAACCAUCAGUAUUACUUAUUGAUAUGUUCAUUUAUAUUUUUGACUUCUCUGAUAACCUUUUAUUACGUCAGUUUCUGGGCACCGCAGACGUCUUGAAGUUACUUAUUUUGUCCAACCAACUAUCCAGGAGUCCUGAAAUAUUGAAUUUAAGUUAAUAUAACUUCAAGUAAUUGAUUAUUUGACUAAUUAUACACUACAAAAACAUGACUGCAAAAUUUGAACGCUGUUACUACAAUAACCACAAUGUUAUUAUUUCAAUCCUUGUGUACCUGAUGCCUGAUUUAGUGAUAAGUAAUAAACCUCCCUUAACUAUGAAGGAACCUGAACCCAGCUGUGUGUUUGACAGGGUGUUGUUAACCCAGGCCUUUUUGAACUUUGCUGUCAGAGUAUACAGUAUAUAUUGGGAGACCUAUAUUUAGUGAAUCUGAAGGUAGUUUAAAGUCAGAUAUCUUAUUUAUUUGUUGUGUAUAAACUUGUAAUCUCAUGAAUAUCCAUGUUUUGUCAUGACGACACUGGAACAAGUCCUAAUCUGUGGGCCACUGUGUAUUUGCACAAAGCAGCCAUAAUAUUCUGUUUAUGUGACUGUUUAUUUUGUGUAACUGUAAUUUUUAGGUGCUCACAGGAUCGUUUCCCUCCAUGAUACAAAUAUUCGACAACAGUUGGAUUAAAGUGGUCCACUGAGCAUGCUCUGUCCAGUCCGGUUUUACAGCUGUAAUGAGUGUCAUCCUUCUGUCUUUUAAAAAUUUUUUUCUCCUUCAUGCGUUUAAACCUUCUUUGGCCAUCGACUCAUUUCUGGAACUUCCUUUUGAUUUCUGGAUUAAGUGUAUAAGAAAAUAUCAGCUGUUAAAAGCUGCUUUUUGUUUCUUUUUUUAUCCUCUGAUGAUAUAUUUUCAUUUUGUAUUUAAAAGAUAUGAAUGUAUUGUGAACUAAAAUUCACAGAAUAUUUUCUUGACAGAUGCUUUUAAUGUAUUUGAGAAGAAAGUGAUACUAUACUAUAUUGCUGUAUUAAAAAUAAUUUAA